AUGACCCCACGCCUGUCACGCCUGAUGUUCAAGUCCCCAGAUGUGAAGCAUGGUACGUGUAACAUUUAUACUGUGGUUGUUGUGACUGCGUAUACGUCUCCCCGGUGUUCGUCAUCAGGAGGUAACGAGGAGGGACACUUCUGGCUUCACCCGACCACUGGCAGACUGGCUAUCCGCUCACCGCUCGACUACGAAACACAACAAGAGUACUCGCUGGUGGUGGAGGCGAGGGUGGGGGAGGCGCAGAGUGAGGCGAGAGUGGUGGUGAGGGUGAGGGACCAGAACGACCACGCCCCCGUCUUCCCCAGGACCCUGCAUGAGACACAGAUCACGGAGGAGGAUGACCGACACCUCCCCAAGACCAUACUGACGGUAACAGCUACUGACGGGGACGCCGGGGAGUACGGACGCCUGAGGUACAGUCUCUCGGGUGAUGGUGUCGACACUACUGGUUCCAGGUCCGCCUUCGCUAUUGACCCGCUGACGGGGGCGAUACGGCUGUUGAGGCCCCUGGACAGAGACCCUCCCCACGGGCGGGCUCAGUGGCGUCUGCGGGUAACGGCGACGGACGGACAGCUGGAGACGCACACCGACGUACGCGUCAACCUGAAGGACGUCAACGACAACGCCCCCUACUUCCCCUCCCACAUUACCACCGCCACCGUGUCCGAGGAUACGCCCAAAGGUACUGUGGUGGCCCAUAUGGUGGCCACUGACCACGACGACCCUGACGAGGGCCACAACGCCCGGCUGGUGUACUCGCUGGAGAAGAAUGUGAUCGACGAGUCCUCCGGCAGCGCCAUCUUCAACAUAGACAGUGAACUGGGCGUCAUCACCACCGCUCUCUGCUGCCUCGACCGUGAGAAGACCCAGCAGUAUGCCAUCCAGGUGGUGGCUACAGACGGUGGUGGCCUCAAGGGUACAGGGACGGUGGUGGUGGAGGUGCAGGACGUGAACGACGUGCCGCCGAGGUUCUCACGCCCCGAGUGGACGCUGGACGUGUCCGAGAGCCUCACCCCCGACCACGUCCUGGCCACCCUCACCGUCGUCGACCAAGACGUGUCCAACAACUUCUCCUACAGGGUAGUGCCAGGUAGUGGUCGUGGUUGGCAGAUGUUCCGUGUGAAGGGUCGACGUCUAGGUACUCUGGGGUGACCUGCGGGCGGUGACUCCCCUGGACUACGAGGCCGAGCC